CCAUCAAGAUAAUAGACAAGACGCAACUGGACGAGGAGAAUUUGAAGAAGAUUGUUCGAGAGGUGCAGGUGAUGAAGCAACUUAGGCAUCCGCACGUCGUCCGUCUUUAUCAAGUCAUGGAAACAGAGAGGAACAUGUACUUAGUCACCGAGUAUGCCAGCGGUGGCGAAAUAUUCGAUCACCUCAUAUCCCACGGUCGGAUGACAGAGAGGGAAGCAAGACAGAAGUUCAAACAGAUUGUUGCAGCCGUCCACUAUUGCCACUGUAGAAAGAUUGUACAUAGAGAUCUUAAGGCAGAAAAUCUAUUACUAGACGCCAAUAAGAAUGUCAAAAUAGCAGAUUUUGGUUUUAGCAAUUUUUUUGAGAAGGGCCAGUUGUUGAAGACGUGGUGUGGGAGUCCGCCGUAUGCUGCGCCAGAACUCUUUGAGGGCAGAGAGUAUAACGGACCAAAGGCAGAUGUCUGGAGUCUAGGGGUUGUCUUGUAUGUACUAGUGUCAGGUGCUUUGCCGUUUGACGGGCCCACGUUACAAGGUCUGCGCUCGCGAGUCUUGUCGGGACAGUUUAGGGUACCUUUUUUUAUGAGCCCAGAAUGUGAACAGCUCAUACGACACAUGCUGGUCUUAGAUCCCAACAAGCGUUAUAACACGGACCAGAUCCUGGGCCACAAGUGGACCAAGACCGGCGAGCCGGACACCCCCUUUGACGACAUGAUCGCGGAGUACGACCAGCUUGCCACAACGGUGAACGGGCCGGAUCCAAUCAACGAACUCAUCGUCCAACAUAUGGUGUCCCUUGGGAUUGAACGGGACCUCAUCCUACAGUCCUUGAGCGGCAAAAGCUUUGACCAAUUCAGUGCAAUCUAUCACCUCUUCCUCGACAAGUUAAAACGCCACCAAAAAUCCAAUUCCCACCCUCACGACAAGAGUCGAAUGGCCGCCGCAACGACUACCAGUCCAUCACCAUCACCAAGCGAGGGCGGCACAUCAGACGGAAUCGCGUCCAUGUCGUCAGUUUCGUCGAUAUCAUCAGGUGGGGGGCGGAGGCAGGGCUUGUUGCCCGGAGCGAUACCCCAAGUGCGCUUCACGAACGAAAACGAUCAGAUUAUCAUUCAGUCUGACCAACCAGUGGAUGUAGACAGCGAUCCUGAGGAACCGUGCCCAGAGGCCCUAGCUCGCUACCUCCAAGUCCGGCGGCAUACCCUAGGCCCGGCAGACCCAAGCCAGGAGGUUCCAGACCACCUGAAGAUGAAGCUUAUGCCGGCUCAGCAUGCCAAUCCCAGUACCGAGGGGGGCAGCUUUGGCCAGCAUCACCACCUUCUACCUACCUUGACUCCCGUGGUGCUUAACACUAACCUGCCCAUGAACUUGCCAUUGAUGACUGGGCUCAAUCAGCCAGAACAGCUUGUCACCUAUAAGGAACAAAAUCUUCUGAAGCCGCCAGCUCUGGAGGCCACGGGGGGUCACAACAGCUUCAGUCGUCGGGCGUCGGAUGGUGGCGCCAACAUGUACUUACACUUGCAGCAGUUUCAGAACCAGUUUCUCAGCAAAAGAACAAGCCAGCCAGUCAAUGUGGACCUGACUGGACAGACCUCAGGGGAAUCGUUACAACAGAGACUACCGCCGGUCUCAGCGACAGGCGUACCAGAGGAGGCGGAGAACUCGGACGAAGAGGAGCCUGACCAAGAAGAAGUUCAAAGGUAUCUAAGGAACAGAGGCGGUCGCUUCAGGCACACGCUCUGCUCCGAAGUGCCCUCACAUGACCUACAGGAAGAGCUGCGACGGAACCUCAUACCGCAGCCAAUCAACGUCCCCCAGCGUUCGUCCCGGCGGGAGCGUUUCCACGUCCCGCCUGAUCGCAACCCUCACAUGCGAGACAUGAGUUUAUACCCGCCGGCCAAUUACGUCUACACGCGCCGGGCCUCGGACGGCAUGCCCAACUUACAUGCCUUCAAGGCCCAUCUAGAGAGAGUGGCAGCCGGGGCAGCGUCAGGUGGGGGUGGAAGCAGCUCCGGAAGCCAGAAAAGCUCACUCAAGCAACUGCACAAGGAGUACCACCAACUACAGAAGCAGUGCUCACCGGUCGACCCAAAACUACAGGAGCUCCAACAGGCUCAACAUCAACUACACAAGGAGAAGAUGCUGAACCAGGUAACCCCGGCAACUGCAUCCACAGCCCCAGAAGAUGAGGAAGCAAAGAGGCAGAGAGAGCAAGAGGAAGAUGAUGAAGUGUUCUUCCAGUACCACAAUCGCUACAGUCGGCGGGGCCAGUCCGCCGUGGUCCCUCCCCAACCCCUGACAUUCCAGUUAGCCCAGGGUGGUAUCGGCAGUGGCACACCCCCAAUGAUACCAACAGUGAGAGCAGAACCCGCAACGGACGUCCAGACACAAGCCUUGCAACAACACCUACAGAGAUUACACCUACAGAGACCCUGCGACAGCCCACCAAUGCUCAAAAAGCUUCACAGUCCUAAUAGCCGAGCGAGCCCCCCUACCUCCAUCAGCCUCCCUGUUCAUCCUGAGGAGGUAAUUGAACCGUCCAUUGAUCCCACCGCUUACCCAACCCACCCGUUACCCAUUGACAUGAGCCCCACGCUGGAUGCCCAGCCUGACAACCGGCCGGUGAAUGUGGGAAGCCCCUCACAAGGGAGCAGUCCUUUAAGUCAAGGGGCUGUAGGGGGUAGCAGCAUGUCUUCGCAGCGGGGCAGUCCACACAACCAUUCUGGGGAUAAUUGGUUUGGUGGGGUCAGGCCAGGCUUCUCUCCCUCUCCGCCAGUCAUUGUGACUUCGGCGGGAGGCGAGAUGCUAGACAUAGUGAACAUUGGGGGUCAGAGCAAUGAUUCACUGGAGAAUAUACUACCGGUGCUAUUCCAAAACCAGGGAGGCCGCUCCUCACAGGGGGAGAUUUCGGUGAAUCCGAGCAGCCUGGCCUCAAGUUUGGUCUAUCAGCAACAGCAGCAGCAGCAGCAACAACAGCAGCAGCAGUUGCAGAUGCUGCAAGCGGCUCAGUCACUACAAGAGCAGGAAGCAUUACAACAGCAAGUUGCUCUCCAGAAUCAGCAGAUGAAUCUCAUGCAGCAACAACAACAGCACCAGCACCAACAGCAGGCAUCACGGCAUGUGACAUUCGAACAAAUGAAUCAUGAUAUGAGCAGGCAGCAAGGAAUGCAGGGUGGUGUGACAUUAGCACAACAGUCCAACCAACUUUUUCAACAGCAGCAGCAGCAACAACAACAGCAGCAACAGCAGCAGCACUCACAGAUGAUCACUGAACCCAGUGGGGUGACAUUUCUCACUAGCCAGCUCCCGUCCAAUCAACAACAGGAAUCCAGGAAUCUACCACUCCCUGGGCUGAACGGGGGUGUCCAGUUCAACAUCUCCAGCCAGCAACCAGUGAUGCAAGCAGCACCGCCCAGUCAGCACUACCCGCUGCCCAAUUUGAUGUCACCUGGAACGCUCCACUAUUUGCAGGGGAUUAACCAGCAACAGCGGAUUGAUGAUACAGACUUAGUGCAGGCAAUGGAGGAGUCCAACACGAUGCAAGGGCCAUCACAAGGUGAAGAAGCAGCACAAGGAUUUCUAGCGUUUGGGCUGAGUGAUGGCCAGACAAGGCAAAGUCACAACCACCACCGACACACAACCAUGCCUGGCGUAGAUGCCCAGGUCCCUACACAGCUACUACGUAGAACAAUCCGUAUCCCCUCAGGUGACUUGAGUCAGUUCUUCAACACCACCAACAAUAACAGUGUUGAUGGUGGCAGCAGUGGGAUCAGGAAAACAGAUAAUGUGUCUGGCCAGCAGCAACACAUCCCACCGCUGAUAGCACAGGGAAUGAACCUUAGUUGUAGCAUGACACUGAGUGAGUCAGACAUGCACGCUGCUGAGCCAUCCCCAAUCAAACAUGCAAAGUCCUUCUGCAUGACCACCUGCAAGGGACUUGGGGAGAUAGUCGCUGAGAUCAGGAGGACUCUUGAUUGUAAGCAGCCAGCCCUGAUCUAUGAGAACAUUGAGAACCUCUUUCAGCUGCACCGGAAUGGCGUGCGGAUGGAGAUGGAAGUCUGCCGUGUCCCUGGAUUGGCACUGAAUGGGCUGAAACUGCGGCAGUUAGCCGGGGAUGCUUUGCAGUACAAAGAACUCUGCCAAGACAUUCUGGCAACAAUGAAUUUGUAGCAGACACUGAUGGCUGCCCUGCUGAUGGGACAAUACUGGCAAGUAACUGGUACCUCCAAAAAAGAGCAAAAUGGCUGAUUAAGUAUAACUUGUUAAGGAACCCGAUUGCUUCUAGACACUUUGUCCCCUAUGAUGGCAAAUAUUUUCCAAAAUCACCCUGCGAAACUACUGUGUGUUUAACUGUUUCAAGAAUAAUAGUUGUCAAGAAUUAUAGUUUUGUCGUCAUCGUCGUGGAUGUAGGACGGUCAACUUCUGAUGGGAUGGUGAAACAAAGAGGAGAGACGUCAGACAGAGGGAUCCACUAAUAAGCGCCAUGGUGCUAGCAUGUUAGUGGGUAUGCUCAGGUAAUGUACCAGGGUCAACAACAUCCACAAACCAGUGAACUGAUUAUUAUCAACUAGUAAACUACGCCUCAUGGUGUGCAUGACUAAGUGGAUGGUCUUCAAGCUUCAAAGAAGGCACAGCUGUCCUAUUGACCAGUCAGUAAAUACAAUGGCCUUGUUGCUCAACAUAUUAGUAUUUCACUAUCCACUAUUGGGCUUGUGCGACUCCAGGCAGGAAUCAAAUAGAAUCCAUUCUAAACUAAAAUUCAACAGAAUCUACUCCCAGUAAUUGGCAUUUCCAGCACCCCUCACAUUCCAUUCAGACAAAUUCAAAAUUGUAUGUUGUCAAGUGUCAGGUUUUUUGAGAGGGAUUGCAACUCUUGUUGUCGCGUCAUAGCAACAAUUCACAAAUGUAGUUAACUGGUGAUAUAUUGUCCAGAACUAAAAUUUGGAGUGGAUUGCCAAUGGAAUCUUCUCCACAGAGGUGGCUAUACAUGUAUAUGUAAGCAUUCUCGCAUAUUGCACAUGUUUAUCAUGCAACGUAGGGUGUUGCAUCGUGCACAAGUACCCCCUGAAGAGGUUACAAGGAGAGAGAGAGUUUGAAUGCAAUGCCGCGGUACACACAUGAACAGCACUCACAUGAAGACACUACAGGUGUGUGUACAUUCAUAUAUAAAAAUCAAUCAUGUGUCCUUCACCAUAUGCGCGUGAGUCGGUGCCGUAUGUGGUACAUAUUCAUACAUGGAUGUACUGUUUACGGAGCUCUUAUGAGGGGUCACAAAGCGCCAUGUACUUUUUGUGCGCUUUGGCUAUGAUAUCAGUAAAUGUGUUGGAUACCUGGAUUAAGUUAAUAUGUUUCAAUGAUUGGCCAGCUUGCAAAAAAACUGAUUGGUUGAUUUUUCAGUGAUACUGUCUAGCUUUGAAAUUUGUUGCUUAUGGUCAACAUAAACACGUUUAAUAAUGCAGCUGGGAACUUAAUGUUGCUUCUUGUGUACUUUGUGGAUACUUGCCUGUAGUGAUGUAAUCGAGACCACCACAAGUCCUAUCCUUUUGUGACAGUUUAUUUGAAUAGCUAGUGACUUGACUUGAGACGAAAGACUUGUGAUGAACUUGCAGGGACUCGAAUACAUUGCUGCUUGCGUGUCAAAAUUAUACAUUGUUGACAGCAACAAUAAUCUGAACAGUGCUUCACAUAUCAAUGAAUUUUAUACAUUUGUAAAAGGCUUUGCUGUGAAGCUGAACUUUGUGAACUAUUCGCAGUUAUUUGUUUACCCCUUCACUGUAAAAUGUUUUCUUCGAAAGGCAACGAGUAAUUAAUUUCUCUUGUUCUCACUGAAGUCUGAUAGGUGCGGAGGGCAAGAGAACGAACAGUGUCUACUUUUUUAGCCGUUUACUGUACAGAUUAAUGCUUAUUCACAUGUGUGCUUCAUGAAAAAUCAUGGUCUGAUGACAUAGAUAUAUAUUUUCAGGAAAAAAGUAUGUUUUUCAAAAUUUUGCAAUUUGUUUUUCACUGAACAUUUUUGUUUAUCAUAUGAAUGCUGACUUCUUUUAUUUUGCUAAUUUUUUCCCUUGUGGGCACAAUGAAUUUGAAUUUCUAAUUGCUGUCACAUAAUACCAAUUGGAGGAUUUUUUUUUUUUUCAAUUUUUUUUCGGGCAUUUCAAAUGUGGUUUACAUAAUGUAUGUUCAAGUACAUGUAUGUAUGUUUAGACAGUAGAAUAAUGGGUGAAGAGAUUUGCGCAGCAAGGAUUGUGCAAAAUGAUGACCAAGGAAGCUAUAUGCUAUUUUACUCCACACUGGGACCCAAGUGCAGAGUAACAUGCAAAAUGCUACAGCUACACAAACAGAAUUCUGCGCAAUAUGCACAAGGCAAAGAUAAGGUCUUAUUUAUACCACAAACCAACAUUCAACUUCAAAGGGCCAGGGAAGGUUUGCUCCAACGAUUGGCACCAGUCAGUGAAGUCACAUGAUUUGAAUUUGGAAGCAAGUCAACUGGUAUAUACAUAUACGUGUAUGUCCAACUUUAGGAAAUUCAGACCGUUCGGUAGUCUGGUGGCAUGAAUGUGGAUAAAAUGUUUUGCAACAGAGACUGGGUACCAGAUGUCAUAUUUUACUAUUCUUGUCAUACUAGUGUGGUUUGCGGUAACACCAUGUAGAGUAAUCUCUUUUGAAAAGAAGUGUGGUUCUGAAAAGAACCAGUUGGUUGUGAAACGUGACAUUCCGAUCAGUAUGCUCUGAUCGUCUCCUCUCUCUCUCCCUCUCCUGAAGUAGCCUGUAGUCAAGUCCCACCCGCUUACCCGGACACUUGACGCACCCCGGAUGCUGGUAUUUAAGAUCAGAGCUUACUGAUCGGAACUUCGAGUUUUAAAACCACCCGGUUCUUUUCAGAACCACACUUCUUAGAAGAGAUUAUUCCACAUGGUGUCACCGCAAACCUCACUACUAUACCCUACCAGCAUGCAAAAUUUCAAAUCUUGUUUAUUCUAGUCAUGUUGGACUAAAGAAGUGUUAGACUGGUUGCUGCAUGCAUAAAUAGCUCCUUGGCAUUGGCCCGAGUUUUAAUUCUUCAGUCAAAUUCCCUGAAACUUCAUUGAAAUGUAUCUGAACCAACAUUUCCCAACAAGAUCCACUUGUUAUUGAGUUCUGACUCCGAUAUUUUGUCUUAAGAUUUCAAUCUUGGGUGAACUAUUUUACUAGAAAAACUUGUGUAAGCGUGCAGUACUUUUCCACAGUAAUUUUUCUGGAGUUCCGUAAUGGGCAAUGAUCCAUGGGACCUACAGCUUUAUGCCUCAUACAAGGGAUGUGCCUCUUGCAGACUUGCAUGCAGUGUGGGAACUUGUUAUUCGUUUUAAGGUCACAUUGUUACAUUAAAGUUUAUGUGAACUGAAGUGUAAGUGUCUUCCACGGGACAAAAAUUACGGUUUCCUUUAGAAGUAAGGAACUAGAAGGAGGCUGGAACUGGCUGCCAUUUCUGGCAUUAAAUUUCAUUGUUGGAGCAAAACAAUAUGGGUGAUUUAAUUUGACCUUACAUCAAAAAAACGUUUCCACGUUCCCACUUGAAUGACUGCCAGAAUGCAGUGCAGUAAACACAGUGUGAUGUUGUUAUAUAUGUAGGGCAAACACAAAAGGGGGUAAUUCCAUAAGUGUGCAUAUAUAAGAACCAUACUAAGGAUGCUUUUUUAGUGGAAUUGCUCAAAUCAUAUACAACGUCAGAGUCGCUUGUGAACAUAUCAGGAUCAGUCCCUUUAGAGUAGAAAAUUAGGAAAAAUAGAAGUUAAAUUUCUUUUAGCCUCCAAUGGGGAAAAUGUUCAUUUGAAAAGAUGACGUGAGGAUUUUGUUCUGAAAUUGUUGGCAGCUGAGGGAAAUUGGUUCUGGUAAUUACAGUAUUUUGCACGUUUGCACUCUACCUUGUCAGUGUGUGAAUGCUUAGAAAAAAAGGCACUCGUUCAAUCAUAAGCGUCACCAUACUUAGAGCUUUGGUAAAGUCAGAUCCUUUUUUGUUUGUGUUGCGGGUAAAGUCCAUGACUAUUUGAGAAAAGAACUGAACUGGGUGCUACAUUUUAUUUGGUGUUCGUAUUUUCAAAAUCUUAGCUACAUUCGUUGUGAUUUGUAAAAGUCGUGUGUUGGACGCACAUUUCAUUUGUCGUUGUGGGUGUGUUGAAAUUACUGGUUCUAAAAGGGUUCCGGGUGUUAUAAACAAAAGUUGCUGCAUGAGGUUUCCUGCCACCACAGAAACGUGAAAUCCCCUGAGGAAAGAAAAAACAACGAUGUAAAAUAAGGAGUUGACUUUCAUUAUGCAAGCACAAGGAGAUCUGAUGGCAUUGAGAUUGCUCAAAAACCAAAGACCGUUGGAGGAGUUGGAGAUGUAUUAAGUGGAAUGAUUGCGAAAAAUCCUGGACGUUUCGUGUGCGGUCCUAGAAAAUUUACUGAAAUGUUAUGGAAACGUAGGAAUAACGAGCUGUGUUACACCAAACUUUCCAAGUCUGAUGAAUCAACAUUCUAAAAGCCACUUUUAUUGGUUAAAACUUUAUAGGAAUUUGAAUUCAUGGAUGAUCUUUUGAUCCGACUCUGGAGCACUUCCGGAAGUCAUGGAAGAUUUGGUCAGGGAACAUUCAGGAAAAUUUCCGAUUCGAUCCAUUAAUUGUCAUGGAAGUUGCCUACUUGAUCUGGAAACCCUCACGAAAGUUGCCUGUUUGGAACUGUCGGGUAUUUUUCCACGGUGGAAAUUUCUUGGAAAUUGUAUGGAACUGUCGUUGAAGUACACACAAGUGGACGUUUUGUGGGAGCUCCUUCGAAAUACCAUGGAAGUUUCCUUUUUGCUUGUGGGAAAAGAUUGUGGGUUGUAGUACUUUGUAUUUAUUUUUUGGUUACAUGUACUUCAUGUCAUUUAUGUAGUUCCUGAGUGUAUUGCAAGUUCAUGCCGAAACCCGUACUGUGGUAUUUAAAAAGAAACAGCAAAAAUAAUUCCUCCCCCCCCCUGUUUAUAUAUUUUAAAUCUCUUGCUGUCCUGUACUUGCUUGUGACUUUGUUUCAGUGUGACUUUUAAUGGUGUUGUGUUUGAUCGUACUGCACCAGGUAAAAAACGCAGUGAGGCCAAUUGGUGCACAGUCAGUGUUAUUUCCAAUGCACGGGGACUGGUUUUCUGCAAAUUUCAGGGUUCCUGUUUUAUUUCGGUCGUGUUCUGGAUUGGUGGAACCAAAAGAUAUGUGAAUCAAAUAUGUACCAAAGGACAGGACAACACAGAACUUUGAUAAUUAAACUGCAUACUUUGUUCAUGUACAUACACGUCAGUCUUGGGUAUAAUUGUGACGAUUUUUGACAAUGCGUUAACGACACCAAAGAUAAAGUUGUGAAGCUGCUUUGCGUGUUUGUCGGUCUAUCUGUUGGUGUGUAUGUGUGUGCGUAUUUUGUGAUCAAAAUAACCCAUGCAAAUUGGGAAGAAGCGUCGGAAUACGUUAUAGAGCUCUCUGUUAGGAUCGGACGUACUGACGUACAUGGAAUAAACCUUGUUGGUCGUUUAAAAAAACCCUAAUUGAAAAAUAGAAAAACAAAGCACAAUGUUCGUGUUAUGCAUGUAUACAUAUAAAUACCAGCUUAUUUAUUACCGUAAAAUGUUUAUUAAUGAAACAAUGUUGUGUUUGAAUUGUGAUUAAUGAUACACAUCGAUGAUAAGUUAUGAAUUGCCUUGACUCCAAAGCUUUGAAUUGAAUAUUAUAUUUUAUUACGACUGUCACAUUAGCUAUUGUCAUAUCGAUUGCGCACCUUAUUUUAUAAUACCACUUUACUUGUUCCCAAGUUUUUAUAACAUAACAUCGAAGUAAGCUGAUAAUCAUGUAGUGGAAAAUCCUUUUAUUGAUAUCGAACUAUACUUGCUUUUUUAUACUUGGCAGUUUAUUUCAUGCACAGGCUAUGUUAGAAUACCCGUUAGAUUUCUCACAAUCAAACAUUUGAAACUUAAUCUUAAAAUUGACCCAUGAAUGAUCAUGAAACGUAAGAGAUUUAUAUACCAAAUAUCGUCCUUUUUGACAGAAUGAAUUAAUUGAUUCAAAUUUUACCUUUUGAAGCAGGAAUUUUAUCUUGAUUUUUAACAAAACUGAGCAAGACUGAAUUUCCAUCAUGGAUUUUGUGGAGAUGGACUUGUAUGGGACAGUCUAGGUAUCUGCAGUUUUCAGUGCAGAGCGAUAAUUAUCAAUGUGUGACCGUUUUGGAUAGAAACCUUUGAAAUCCUCGAAAAUAAAAUACUUAAUUGUGACUGGAAGUGAAAUGUUGCCAAUAUUUAUGAACUAAUUGAAACUUGGAAGGUAGAAAAUUUCGUCCCCAUCCCAAUGGGUUAUUAUGUUUUUUGUGUGUCUGCCAUUCUGAAAAAAAAUUGAGACUGUGCUGACGUUCGCCAACGUUGGUGGCACAGUCGGUCGCACUUGAUGUAACCAACUAUUGCAAAUUUUAGCAUUGUGUGUUUAAUUAGUGGCACCCACCCCGGUCCUAUGGAAGACCUUGCCAUAUUUUAAUUGUAAUAACACGAGUCAAGUAUUUUUAAUAUUUAAAAAAUGUAAUUGUCCAACAAUUGUAGCACUUUCCCCCGCAGUUUAACACCUCUCAAAAUGGACCUCACAUUGAACUUGGAGAAAAUGAAAGCAGUUUUGUUUGGAAAUUGUUUGGUAAUUGUAUGGUAUACUUAGUAUCAUGUCAUUUGUUUCCAUCGACGUACAUGUUAAAAACGUAAAAAUUCAAACACCCCUAAAAAACAUGUUCAAGCCCUUUGGAAUAAAUGUUUUGUUAGUAUGGAAUUUUGAAUUUUUAAAUGUUUUAUGCCCACUUAAACGUGAUUUUAACAAAGGCACCCAUUCAAACUGUACAUCUGUUGUUUGUAACUGCACUUUUUAUUUGAAUUUGAAUGAAUAUUUUGAGAAUUUCGCAGUCAUGAAUAUGAAUUGAAUGUAUGAUAAUUUAUUCUAACUGUACAUGUACCUCACUAUGUGUAAUUGUCGAGAAAUGUAACAAAUAUCCCCAUUUUCCUAUAAGUUGGAUCUAAUCUACUGUUUAAAAAGCUUCUUAAUUAUUAGCAAGCCAACUGUGCUGUUCCGCAGAGAUAUAUAUGUCCAUCCAAUCAGAGGACAACAGCAAAAGAACAUUGAACAUGAUUGGCUAAAUGGUCAAUCGACCCAGUGAUGUACAAAGAAGGUUCGUUUUAAUUGGUCUCCACAAAUCAUCUUGUCGAUUGUCCAAGAGGUGGCAGACAUUGUGCACGGUCUGCAGAGCGAAUGUACACACAAUCCUGGUUCAGGUAGAUGAAUGUUCUGCCGAUGUUUUGUGCAGAAAAUGUAGAAUGGAAGUUUCUGACCUGUAGCCGGUGUUCGUCAUUCUGUUGCAAUGUGUUGGUACAUCAGUGUAUGUAUUUACUUCAUGUUUACACAACUUGGUCGCCGUUUUAUAGCAUAAAAUGCAGCAGAAAUAACAAAAAAUUUGAACACAUUGUCACCAUUCACACCAGACCAAAAAGUGUGGCAAUGAGCCAUAUAACCAUGUGAGUGACCAACUACUUUGGCAGUGAAAUGGCCACUGUUUGUGGGAACUUUGCUGUCAUUUCUCAUUUUAAUCUGCAGGAUUGGUUAAAUAUAGUCAGUCCUGUCAUCAUGAAUGAUUGUUGUGUCUGCAAUGUGCAGAACCAUGCUCUCGCAAGCUCUCCUAAAUAAGGAUGGACAAUUUCGAAAUGUGACACGUUCUUUUAAAAUAUUGAAUUCGCUGUAUAUGAACUAUGUUGUCUUGGUUCAAAAGCUUCUCGUUUGUUUAUUGUGACCCUGUUUGUUUCCUGUGCGAAUAUUUCUUGGCAAUUUUAACUUAUUUGGUCAAGGAAAUAGAAUAAGGGAAAGUCAUGCCAAUUUUAUCGAUGAAAUGAGGCAAGAAUUUAGCUUUUUAGGUUGUACAUUAUACAAGCCUGUACAAGUACUUAAAUCACAGACAUUAAUGUAUUCAAAUUGUUAAUCAAUUCCUUUGCUUGUACUUCCUGUCCAAUGAAAUUAGGUCUCCCGAAGAAAAAAAAUUACGGCCCGUUUAUUAGAUGGAAUCAUGUUUAUUUGUGUAUAAAAUAAUACAAUUUAUGUGAAGACAUUGCUGAUUUAUUAGUCGUGUUCAUAAUUGUAUAUUGAAUAAAAGCAAACUGCUUUUAUUGAUUACUAUGGUACAUGUCACUGUGUCCCUUUUCCCUAAAUAGUACCAGUGAGGAAGCAGAUGAACUUUAUUGUGUUUACCUUAUUUUUUUGUGACACUGUUUCACUAUUUUCAGGUUAAUAAUUUUAAUUGAAAUGAUUAUUUAUAUUCUGUACCACACAACCCCUGGAAAUAGUGGAACGGUCCUCGUUUCUCUGCAGCACGUGCCGUGGUGCGGCAUUCUGAGGGAGUCUGUGUACGGUGCAGUGCAUAUUGUACAUUGCCUAGUUUUGUAUUAAAAUGGUAUGCUGUACAGUAAAAUCAAUAUAUGAAAACAAAUUAUGUAUGUAAAUUGUACAAUGAUGUGCAAAAAAAGCUACUAAAAUGUACGAUUGUCGGGAUUUCAAUUAAAAAGAAUCCCCGUUGUUAACCCAAAGUGAUUAUUUAUCAGUGAAACAGGUCUAUAUUUGUAAUGUUGAAUGACUGUUCGUAUUUUGGAACUGAAAUAAAAAGACAGAAAAAAAAUUA